CAGGCAUUCCUCAAACAAAACGGUUUCGACAUGUUGUGUGACUAAAACAUUCAUAUCUCAAAUCUUUGGAGUUUUACAGCACUCCUUGUAGGACUUUAUGGUGGUUGGAAAUGAGUCAUGUGAAGCUUUCUGAUGAGCCCAGAGAGAGACACUUUUACCUGCUCUGAAGACAUUAAGGACAGCAACAGACCUAACAGACCCGAGAGCAGCCAGAGAAGAGGUUUUAUCUGACCGUCGACGGCUUGUUUAGGCUCCUCAGGGAGGAGAGGCAGCAUGUACUGGAACGUGGCCCUCCAGAGCACAGGGCUCUGGGUCAUUCUGAGUUUAGCAGCCGGUCACCUGACCGAGCAGGAGAAAUCAACUAUCGUGGACAUGCACAAUGAGUUUCGCUCUAAGGUUCAGCCCAGUGCCGCCUUCAUGCAGAAAGUGGUGUGGGACGAGACACUGCGUCUGGUGGCAGAAAAUCAUACGGCAAAUUGUAUCGUGGAUCACAACCCUCUACUAAAGGAACUCAGAAUGGGUGAAAAUAUCUUUUCAGGCUCUGAACCAUUUAAUGCAAUCAAAGCAAUGAUGGAAUGGUUUGGAGAGCAUGAGGAUUAUAACUUUGAAACCAAAAACUGUGAUGAAGAGAGGAUUUGUGCCAAUUACAUUCAGAUGGUCUGGGCAAACAGCAGUAGAAUUGGCUGUGCUGCACAAUCCUGUGACACAACUGAGCAUCUGGGUCAUGAGAAAGUCACCCUUUUCGUGUGUAAUUAUUACCCUUCAGGAAAUAUUAAGACACAAAACCCCUACGAGUCUGGAGUGCCAUGCUCAAGGUGUACAGAUACUCUACCAGUGUGUGAGGGCAACAUGUGCGUGGCAGAUGACACCAAAGAUCCUACUGUCUCACCUGAGCAUCCACAAAUGACGACGGAUCCCGCUGUGGUUCCUGAAGAACCCACACACAACCAGGGUAAAAUUGUGACAGGCAUGGAAAGUAAACCAAACCAUGGAUCCAAGAUGGACAGCAUCUCAGCGCCUCUGCUGACGCUUGUCUGGCUGCUUGUUUUGUGAGGGAAAUCUGAUCAAAAUCUAAUGAGACACAACGAAAAAAUAUUUCUUUAAAGUUGUCAAUGGAUGCCCAUUUUACACAAGUUGAUAUGAUACUUUUAGGUCUUAAUUAAAGACCUUCUGUAAUAUAGAAGGUCUGUAAUAUAGUUUCGUUAAAAUUUCUCAAUGGUAGUGUAAAAUAACAGCCUUUUUUCCCUACCCUUUCAAAAACAGCUAUUUUCAGAGCAUGACCAUUUGUGGCAUUUUCCUUUAAAUGUUAAUGAGCUCUGCUGACUCCGCCCAUUUCUUCCGAACCUUUCUCUGAGGGACUGUUUACUUUAGCCGCAUUCAUCGUGAAACUUGCUAAUUAGCACAUUAUUAGGAAAGGCAAUUUGCAAAGAUUAAUUAAAAAACCUUAUACUCACUUCUUCUGUAAGUGAAGCUGGUUAACAAAUGAUUUGCGCAAACACAGACACAUUAGAUCUAGAACAGUUUACCCCAAAAUUAAAAUUUGCUGAAAUGUAUUCAAGUCUAUCCAAAAUGUAGAUGAGUUAGUUUCUUCAUCAGAGAAUUGUAGCAUUGCAUCCCUUGCAGUGAUGCUCUGCAGUGAAUGGGUGCCGUCAGAAUGAGAGUCAGCUGAUAAAUACAUCACAACAAUCCACAGCACUCCAGUCCAUCAGUAAAUGUCUUGUGAAGUGAAAAGCUGUGUGGAAGAAACAAACAUUUUUAACUUCAAACCAGUGUUUCCAUCUAAAAUAUGAGUCCAUAAUCUAUAACACUGAUUUCUCCAGUCAUCUUGUCUCAAUCAGGAUAGAAAUAUGUACAGAUCAAGCACCAUUUACAAACAAA